AUGGAGGCUUACAUGCUGAGCAUUAGCAAGUAUUCAUCUUUCACUGUUUCCUCCAUCAUUCUUUUAUUGCUUAGCAUGAAAUUUCUAGAGUAUACUACUGCUUUCACACUUGGAAAUGAGACAGAUAGAGCUUCAUUGCUGGCUUUCAAGACAGAAAUAACUGAAGAUUCUCUAGGUGCCUUGGCAUCUUGGAACAAUUCUCUCCAUAUUUGCAAGUGGGCUGGUGUUGCUUGCAACCUCAAACACCAAAGAGUAACAAGUCUGAAUCUCCAAGGACUGAAGUUGAGUGGAACCAUCUCACCUCAUCUUGGAAAUUUGUCUUUUCUACGCUCUCUUGACCUGUCUGACAACUACUUUCAAGGUGGGAUUCCACCAGAAUUGGGCAACUUAUUCAGGCUUCAAUACCUGAACAUGAGCUUCAAUUUUCUUGGAGGGCAUAUUUCUGCAAAUUUGUCACAAUGUUCCAACCUCACGGCUCUUGUACUGGAUCACAACUACUUUGUCGGACAGAUACCAUAUGAACUUGGCUACUUAGUAAACCUCAGGCAACUCUAUCUUGGAAACAAUCUCACAGAAAGUAUUCCAGCUUCUAUUGGAAAUCUUGCAGCUCUCCGGGUGCUGUACUUGUCUUACAACCAUUUGCAGGGUGAAGUUCCAGGUUCCAUAUCUCAGCUUAGAGAUUUAGCGGCACUUGGGCUAUCAGAUAACAAUCUUUACGGUGAAUUUCCUCCUGCACUUUAUAAUAUGUCAUCUCUCAGAUUCAUUGCCCUGACGGACAACAAGUUCACAGGCUUCCUAAGACCUAACAUUGGCCUUUCUUGGCCGAAUCUUGACAGGAUCUAUUUGGCAGCUAAUUUUUUCACUGGGCAGAUUCCAUAUUCAUUUUCUAAUGCUUCAAACCUUUUGCAACUUGAACUUCUUGGGAAUCAAUUCACAGGACAAGUACCUUUUGAGUUUUGCUUCAAUUGGACGACUUCAAACCUGGGAACACUUGCUUUAAGUUCAAACCAGUUUACAGGUGAGAUUCCGUCUUCCAUUGGCAACAUAACACAGCUGAUAAAUUUUUAUACUGCCACCAACAAUCUUGAGGGAAGUCUACCUUUAAACUUGGGAAAUUGUUUAGAGAUGCAAAGUUUAGACCUUUCACAGAAUAAUCUGAGUGGCAGACUACCUGUACAACUGAUGCAGAUUACAACACUUAGAGCAGUAAAUUUCUCUUACAAUUCCCUGACUGGUUCCAUACCCCCGGAUAUUGGAGACUUGAGGCAUCUUGUUUAUGCUGAUUUUUCCUACAAUAGGUAUUCUGGAGGAUUCUCUUCAGAAAACUUGAUUGAUUCAGGUAGUUUUGGAACUGUAGACAAGGGAACUCUUAGUCCAGAUGAAACAGUAAUAGCUGUCAAGGUACAGCACCUCCAUCUGCCAGACGCUUCUAAGAGCUUCAUGGCUGAAUGCCAAGCCUUGAGACAUACAAGGCACCGCAACCUUGUCAAGGUAAUAACAGCAUGUUCAAGUUCUGAUUUCCAGGGUAAUGAUUUCAAAGCUAUAGUAUAUCCCUUCAUGACAAAUGGGAGCCUAGAGGAGUGGUUACAUCCAAAAUCUGAAUGGCACCAUAAUGGCUUAAACAUUAGUCAGAGAAUCAACAUUCUCGUAGAUGUGGCUGCCGCAAUAUCUUAA